GAUAAAAACAAAGAAGAAGAAGUUGAACGGAUACAGAAGAAUCAGAACCGUGAGCGAGGAAAGUUAGACUGAAUCUCUACUGUGAUCCAACUCCUGUACUGGGUUUUAAAGCACCAGACAUCCCCUCAGCACAGUGACAUCAAGCUGCUAGCAUAAAGAUUUGAUAGCUAGUUAACUAAGCUAGCGGUGAUCGAGCAGUUGUUCCAGGCCGAGACCAAACAACAAGCUAGUAUGGACUCCUGGGUUCGGUUUAACGCUCAGAGCCAAGCCAAGGAAAGAGUUAUUAGGGCUGCUCAGUAUGCCUGCACCCUGCUGGGCUACACUCUGAAGAAGGGCGGGGCAGCGGCUGAACUUCACAAAACCAUCAGUCAGCUGGAAGCCCACAUGAGCCUGACAAGAAAGUUGCUGCGUCUGGGAAACUCUGUGGAGGCACUGGAAGCUGCCAAGAGGGCCAUCCACCUCUCUGACAGUGUGCUGAGGCUCUGCCUCACCAUCAGCCACCUCAACAAAGCCAUGUACUUUGCCUGUGACAACGUCCUGUGGGCUGGAAAAACAGGCCUCAUCUCCAAACUGGAUCAGCAGAAAUGGAGUCAGAGAUCUUUUAGGUACUACCUCUUUGCUCUGAUUCUCAACCUGACUCGAGAUGUGUACGAGCUCCGCCUCCUCCUUGAGAGUGAAGAGCGGUAUAGAGCCUCCAAAUCUCCACCCUCACCUUAUCCCAGCACCACCCUGCCUGCUGACAGUUUGUCCUCAUCCUCCUCCUCGCCUGCAGCUCCAGCCACUAUUACCUUGCCCGUCAUGUCGGCAUGGCUCAGCAGGCGGCUCCACCUGCUGGGGAUGGUGUUGUACAACAAUCCUCCACUGCUGUUAGACCUGCUGAAGAACAGUUGUGAUAUCUUCAUCCCCCUGGACCGGCUGGGGAUUUACCCUACUGGGCAAGGCUUUGUCGGGGCCUGCGGCCUGGCCUCCUCCAUCCUGUCCAUCCUAACUAUAAUCAACCCUUGGCUCAAACUCAAGCCGUGACAUCAGGGUACAUGUUUGAGGGCUCUGAGGAGCAACAAGGACAGCUGAGAUCAGUUUCCAUUGGUUUAACACACUGAUCAAUAUGAGGAAAGCUAACUGCUGAUGCACUGUGAUCAGUUUGGAAUAGUGGCAUGGCAUCCAAAUCCUUUACAUAUCCUCAGAAUAAGAGAAAGCUUGUAUCCACCAGGACUAUUGACACCCAUUUGACCCAGGUCCACGCAGAGCUGCAGUGAUGUGAUGCUGCAUUCUAACAUUCCCAUAAAGCUAGCCUUCAUUAUACAAUAAUAUAAUAAAGUAACUGAGCAGCUCAUAGUCCUUUUACAGGAAGAAUGCUGGAAAUACAAAUUGACCACAUGGACGGCAGUCUUCUUUAGUGACUGAUCCACCCUAACACAGAAAGGGCCUUUCCAUUAAAGUCAGUCUGAGUGUGCUGCCACAGAGUGAGAACAGAGGGCAACUUCUGCAUCGUCUUUGCUUCGACUUUUUUUGUAUUACAUCACAGCAGGGCUCAUUGUCAGGUUGAAGGAUUAUGGUUGUAGCAGCCACUCAUACACCAAACCAGAAUACUUAAGGGAUUACAGUUAAUUGUCCAUCAGUCUCAACAGAAAGUUGCUGCCCACUAGCAGCACACAACUCACAUGCGAUUAUAUUUUUACUUUGCUUCCUCUGGUGUCUGCACUGAACAGGCUCAUAUUAAAUAAGACCCGCCCCCCUCUGGAUUUUUACCAACCAAUCAAGAUAACCAGUAGGUUCAACUUUAAGUCCAAGUACAUGUGUUUCUUGCCAGUUUGCACCAAACGAGUUUGUAUUUUCAACAUUCUUACUGCAUUCCAUUUCGCAAAGCCAGUAACUAUGAACGGAUAAUGUUAACGCAGAAAUGUUACUGUUUAAUGCAUAGUGAGAUAUUUAUAAAUAAAAUACAUAUUUCAUAACAUCUAAUGAUUAUUAUCACUUCCUGUGUUAGUUCUAACUUAAUUUUUCAUCAUUAAAUAUGAUAAAUCUAGAGAACAUUUUUUUUUUUUUUUAUCAGAACAACUCCCGUCACCCAUAUCACUUGUCACACUAUGUUGUAAACAGUAUCUUUCAAAAUGCACUCAAAUCGGCAUACGAGUACUCAGAUCUAACCUGUUAACAUUUUACAAUCAUGUUUGUUUUUUGCUGCAUGUAAUAAAGAGUAUGUGUGACUAUUUGAA